UCGCAGAUGGACAGGAAGGAAGGAAGGAGGGAAGGAAGGAAGGAGGGAAGGAAGGAAGGAGGGAAGGAAGGAAGGAGGGAAGGAAGGAAGGAGGGAAGGAAGGAAGGAGGGAAGGAAGGAAGGAGGGAAGGAAGGAAGAGGAAGGAAGAAGGAGGGAAGGAAGGAAGGAGGGAAGGAAGGAAGGAGGAAGGAAGGAAGGAGGGAAGGAAAGGAAGGGAAGGAAGGAAGGAGAGGGAAGGAAGGAGGAGGGAAGGAAGGAAGGAGGGAAGGAAGGAAGGAGGAAGGAAGGAAGGAGGGAAGGAAGGAAGGAGGGAAGGAAGGAAGGAGGGAAGGAAGGAAGGAGGAGGGAAGGAAGGAAGGAGGGAAGGAAGGAAGGAGGGAAGGAAGGAAGGAGGGAAGGAAGGAAGGGGGAAGGAAGGAGGAGGGAAGGAAGGAGGGAAGGAAGGAAGGAGGGAAGGAAGGAAGGAGGGAAGGAAGGAAGGAGGGAAGGAAGGAAGGAGGGAAGGAAGGAAGGAGGGAAGGAAGGAAGAGGGAAGGAAGGAAGGAGGGAAGGAAGGAAGGAGGGAAGGAAGGAAGGAGGGAAGGAAGGAAGGAGGAAGGAAGGAAGGAGGAAGGAAGGAAGGAGGGAAGGAAGGAAGGAGGGAAGGAAGGAAGGAGGAAGGAAGGAAGGAGGGAAGGAAGGAAGGAGGGAAGGAAGGAAGGAGGGAAGGAAGGAAGGAGGGAAGGAAGGAAGGAGGAAGGAGAGAGAGGUCUUAUCACCAAAGAGCCAUAUCUCUCAGCUAUAGCCACAAU